UUGCGUGACGCAGACUUUAGUUCGCUUCAGGCCGCCAAGCGAAACUUGCUGAUCGCAGUUUACUUUGUGAAAACACGCCGAACUAGCGACGCCUGUCAGCCACCCGUCUCUGCCUAAACCAACUGCAACAGAAAACAGUGCUUUAAGCCCUACGAUGUCCGGGCACGGUCACGAUCAUGGGCACGGGCACGGCUGCGGGUGCGAGGGGGAGCAUGAGCCCGCGGAGAGGGGCCUGGAGUACGGACUGUACCGGCGGAUCGACGUGGAGAAGCUGCAGUGUCUGAACGAGAGCAGAGACGGGGACGGGAAGCUGGUGUUCAAACCGUGGGAUCGGCGGAAUGAGCGGGACAAGUAUGUGGAGAGUGAUGCAGAUGAAGAGCUGCUGUUCAAUAUCCCUUUUACAGGGAGCGUGAAGCUGAAGGGCAUCAUCAUAUCUGGAGAAGAUGAUGAUUCUCAUCCUGCUGAGAUUCGACUGUAUAAGAACAUCCCUCAGAUGUCCUUCGACGAUACUGGCAGAGAACCCGAACAAGCCUUCAGACUCAACAGAGACCCUGCUGCUGAGCUAGAGUACCCAACAAAGAUCGCUCGUUUUUCCAAUGUUAACCAUCUCUCCAUCCACAUCUCAAAGAACUUUGGAGCAGAGAGCACCAGGAUCUACUACAUCGGUCUGAGAGGAGAAUACUCAGAGGCUCACAGACACGAAGUGACGAUCUGUAACUAUGAGGCCGCAGCGAACCCUGCAGAUCACAAAGUGGAGAGCAUCAUCCCACAAACCAACUUCAUUUCCUGAAGAAGCUUCAGAGAGUGAGGAGUGAGAGGAGAAGGAUGAGGAGCUGUUUCGGUUUUUGUCAUUGACAAAAAGUCAAAGAUGAGAUCAACACUGCGUCGCAGCAGGUUGGUUCAAGAUCGACAGGGUCUGAGCACUGAAAUCUGAAGACCAGAGAGCUUUAGAUGUGUUUGGAAGUGCCAAGUUGUUGCUAUGUUUUCUAUGGCAAGAAAGAGUGAAGGUCUAUUGUGGGCAAAAAGCUUAAUAAUAAUGCAUGAAUUGACACUCAGAUAAAGUCUGUUGCUAUCAGUUUAACCUGUAUAAUCCGAUACAUGUUUAAAGAUGUCCACCAGUUCAAUAAAGUCACAGCUACUAAAUAAAUCAUGGAAGGCUGGAAAUAAAUGAUGGUACUGUUUGAUUAAUUAGAGACUUUUGUUGCCAUGUUUACAACUUUGAUUCAUAAUCAGCUUCUCAGGAAGACUUUUGGGUACAUGUAAAGAAACUUCAGUUGCUCUCAAACAUCUACGAAAAAAGAAAGAUGCUGCCUAAUUACAGUCAGAAGAUAUAUGUUUUAAGCAGCUCUGGACAUAUGAGCACCUUUUUAAAUGUGUACAAAUUUAAAUAAUACCUAUAAUACUCCAUUAGUUGUCUUUUGUAAAGUCAACACAUUGUCCUCUAACUAGCUCUGGAUAUUUUCUGCCACCUAGUGGUUUAGUAUUAUUAUAUUGAACAAAAAUUUAAUUCAACACUUGCUUUUGUAAAUUUUUCACAGGUUCAGAUAGAAGAUUUUAAGAUCUUAGACUUUUUAUGCACUCAGUUUAUAUAUUUCUGUCAAAUUUUGGUCACAAAUUUGUUAAAAUCCUUGUUAGUGAGCAUGUGUACUUUUGUAAGAUAAUGCAUCCACCUUACAGUUGUGGCGUAUCAAGAUGCUGAUUAAACAGCAUCAUUAUGACACAGGUGUAUCUUGGGAUGGUCACAGUUAAAGGCCACUCUAAGAUGUGCAGUUUGAUCAAACAGCACAACACCACAGAUGGAGCGUGCCAUUGGCAUGCUGACUGCAGGAAUUUCCACCAGAGCUGUAGCCUGUCAACUGAAUGACUGAAUGAACCAUAAGACAUUUUCAAAGUUGUUUCUAUGAAUUUGACAGUAAAUCCAAUCAGCCUUACAACCACAGACCACAUGUGGUCACACACAGCUGAUGCGAUAGUUGCUUUUGCACAAACUGUCUGAAGUCGUCUCAGGGAAGCUCAUAUGUAUGCUCAUCGUCCCUACCAGGGUCUUGAGCUGACAGUAGCUUGGCUUCAUAACCAACUUCCAACUGUGCAAUAUUUUACCACCUAGGUGCAAUAAUAUCUUUAGGCUGUAUUUUCUAGAUUUUCACAAUAUACUGUGCUUGUCUAUAUGCUACACACCAUGUGUGUAUUUCAGUUAUCCUGUGCAACAGUGUCUGUAUAAGUGAAAGGUGUAUAUAAUGUAUACAGAUUUUACACUCUUUUGUUUUUAUUUCAUCUAAUUUUUAUUAUUGUAAUAUUUUUUCCUUUUUUAGCACUCAAUCACUUUUUUUGCUUUUUGUAUCUUGCUUCUGACUCUUGGGCUGCUGUAACAUGUCACCUUCCCUGGCUAAUUGGGUGGCUGGUUGGAUGUACUGCCAAAUUCAGGGAAAUGAUGCUGGAGAUAUGUUAAGGUUGGGAAAUUAACAUUCAGUUCAGCUCUGGUGGACAUUCCUGCAGUCAGCAUGCCAAUGGCACAUUCCCUCAAAACUUGUGGCAUCAUAUUGUAUGAUCAAACUGCACAUUUUAGAGUGGCCUUUUAUUGUGACCAUCAUGAGACACACCAGUGUAGUAAUGAUGCUGUUUAAUCAGUGUCCUGAUAUCCCACACCUGCAAGGUGGAUGGAUUAUCUUGUGCUCACUACCACAGAUUUUAACAAAUUUAGGACCAAGAUUCGAGAGAAAUAUAUCUAUUGAGUUCUUAAGAAAAGUCUUUAUUUUAAACCUGUGAAAAAUGGGAACAAUAACAAAUGAUGCAUUGAAAAAAAAUUCAGUGUAGAUCUUCCAUGGGUUUCUUUAGUCCAAAAAGCUCUCUUUGUUUGUCCUCAGUUUAUCUGUGUGAUGAGAUGAGUUCCCAGUGGUUGAUUGAUACAUUGACUCAGUUAAUUAAAUAAAUUUGCCAUCAUAUGAGGGGGAGAAUGUUAGUAGAGUCGAGGGAAUUGACGUUCAGGAAGCCUGUAUGAAGAAUUGAGACUCAGGCUUGGACCACAUCCAAGACUUCCUGCAGCAGAGUUCUGUUUUAACAGCCUGUGUGAUUUCUCUACGCUUAAAUAGAAACAUGCCACAUCCACAUUGCCAUGUGACCAAAGCUUACCCCCCAAAAACUCCCUAAAAAUGAUCUUUUUACCUUCAUUCCUUCUAUUUUCCUUCACAGAGGAGUGAUAUCAUCUUUGAAUUCACUACGUUAGUAAUGCAGUGUGUUGUCAUGCAGUGAGCAGCAGCCUGUGAGGAAAUUUAUGGGAAUGUAUAAGCUCAGUGUGGAGGACCAUAUGUCAGUAAAUGUGACGUUUGAGCUCUCCAAGUAUGUUGCUAUAUUAAAAUGCAGCAAAAUGGAAGAA